UUCAGCGAGCCCUCGGAUUGGCCGUCCGCGGCGUCGCGGCGUCUUGGAUUGGCCCCGCGGGCCGUCCGUCGGGGUCGAGGAGGCGGGGCAGGCGGCUGGCUGGUGCUGGGCGGGCGGGCCCCGGAAUUGUCAUUUCUUUGUUUCCGAAGGCGGAGGAGGCUCUGAGCCCCCCCGCCCGCGUGCCACCCCCUCCCCCCGGGUGCUGGCUCCAUGUCUGUGUGACCGGCCCCAGGGGUAGAGUCCAGGCCCGACGCGGGGCGGGCGGGCGGCGGCGGCGGCCGAGGCGAGAGGCGGCGGCGGCGGCGCGGGCAGCGGCCCCCCGGCGGGAGGAUGAAGCGGCGGAACGCCGACUGCAGUAAGCUCCGCCGACCCCUAAAGCGGAACCGGAUCACCGAGGGCAUCUACGGCAGUACCUUUUUAUACCUGAAAUUCCUGGUAGUGUGGGCGCUGGUCCUUCUGGCCGAUUUUGUCCUGGAGUUCAGAUUUGAGUACCUGUGGCCCUUCUGGCUCUUCAUCAGAAGCGUCUAUGACUCCUUCAGAUACCAGGGACUGGCCUUCUCAGUAUUUUUUGUUUGUGUAGCGUUCACGUCAAAUAUAAUAUGUCUGCUGUUCAUCCCCAUACAGUGGCUCUUUUUUGCUGCUAGCACCUAUGUGUGGGUUCAGUAUGUAUGGCAUACAGAAAGGGGAGUGUGUUUGCCUACAGUAUCCCUUUGGAUUCUCUUUGUUUAUAUCGAAGCAGCAAUUAGAUUUAAAGAUCUCAAAAAUUUUCAUGUUGACCUUUGUCGUCCAUUUGCUGCUCAUUGUAUUGGGUACCCCGUGGUGACUUUGGGCUUUGGCUUCAAAAGUUAUGUCAGCUACAAAAUGAGAUUAAGGAAGCAAAAGGAAGUGCAGAAAGAGAACGAAUUUUACAUGCAGCUUCUCCAACAAGCCCUCCCUCCAGAGCAACAAAUGCUGCAGAAGCAGGAGAAGGAGGCCGAGGAAGCAGCCAAAGGGUUACCUGAUAUGGACUCCUCAAUCCUCAUACACCACAACGGAGGUAUCCCAGCCAACAAAAAGCUCUCCACAACUUUGCCAGAGAUAGAAUACCGAGAAAAAGGGAAAGAAAAGGACAAGGAUGCCAAAAAACACAACCUUGGGAUAAACAACAACAAUAUUCUACAACCUGUAGACUCUAAGAUACAAGAAAUUGAGUAUAUGGAAAACCAUAUCAAUAGUAAAAGAUUAAAUAACGAUCUUGUGGGAAGUACAGAAAAUCUCUUGAGAGAGGACUCAUGCACUGCUUCCUCAAAAAACUACAAAAAUGCCAGUGGAGUUGUGAACUCCUCACCUCGAAGUCACAGCGCCACAAAUGGGAGUAUUCCUUCCUCGUCCAGUAAAAACGAGAAGAAGCAGAAAUGCACCAGCAAGAGCCCAAGUACACACAAGGACUUAAUGGAAAACUGUAUUCCUAAUAACCAGCUAAGCAAACCAGAUGCCCUGGUAAGGCUGGAACAAGACAUUAAAAAGUUAAAGGCUGACCUGCAAGCCAGCCGGCAAGUGGAACAGGAGCUGCGCAGUCAGAUCAGCUCCCUGUCAAGCACAGAACGAGGAAUCCGCUCUGAAAUGGGCCAGCUCCGGCAGGAGAACGAGCUGCUACAGAACAAGUUACAUAAUGCAGUGCAAAUGAAGCAGAAAGACAAGCAGAAUAUCAGCCAGUUGGAGAAAAAGCUAAAAGCUGAACAGGAAGCCCGAAGUUUUGUUGAAAAGCAGUUAAUGGAGGAGAAAAAAAGGAAGAAGCUAGAAGAAGCCACUGCUGCCCGGGCUGUUGCAUUUGCUGCUGCGUCUAGGGGAGAGUGCACCGAAACCUUACGGAAUCGCAUCCGGGAACUCGAAGCAGAGGGCAAGAAGCUCACGAUGGACAUGAAGGUGAAGGAAGACCAGAUCCGAGACCUAGAGCUCAAAGUUCAGGAGCUUCGAAAGUAUAAGGAGAAUGAGAAAGACACGGAGGUGUUAAUGUCUGCCCUCUCCGCCAUGCAAGACAAGACGCAACACCUGGAGAACAGCCUCAGUGCAGAGACGAGGAUCAAGCUGGACCUCUUCUCGGCGCUGGGGGACGCGAAGCGGCAGCUCGAGAUUGCCCAGGGACAAAUCCUUCAGAAAGACCAGGAAAUCAAGGACCUCAAGCAGAAGAUAGCAGAAGUCAUGGCCGUCAUGCCCAGCAUCACGUACAGUGCUGCCACCAGCCCCCUGAGCCCCGUCUCCCCCCACUACUCUUCCAAAUUUGUGGAGACCAGCCCCUCUGGACUUGACCCCAAUGCCUCUGUUUACCAGCCCCUAAAGAAAUGAGGGCCAGCUGUGUGUUUGGCCCCAUUUGGUUACUGGAAGGCAUCGCAAGGGAGUGUAUCUGGCAGUCAAGAUAAAACAAAAAAAAAAAAAAGAAAAGAAAAGAAAAAACAAACAAAAAAACAAGUUUAUAUUGUAUUUUGUGGGACUCUAUAUGUUGUCGUUUUUCAAAGGGGGGGAGUUAACACCCAGGUCUGACCCGAGCUACAUCAGUUUUUCUUGUAAAUUUUUAGAAGACCUCACAGAACUUCGCAGUUUAUUUUUCUCGGCCAACACAUUAAAACCAUUCUUGGAUUUCAA